CACACUCGUCUGGCUGUCCUGCUCCACGCAGCCGAGCUCUCAUCACGACGACUAACCUACAGAGAGGUGUCUACAGCCUGCAGCCUGCUCACAGUAGCCACUCACCAUGAACCUCGAGCCGCCCAAAGCUGAGAUCAAGUCGGCCACCCGGGUCACCGGGGGCCCCGCCACCCCGCGAAAGGGCCCGCCCAAGUUCAAGCAGAGGCAGACCCGCCAGUUCAAGAGCAAGCCUCCCAAGAAGGGGAUCCAGGGCUUUGGUGAUGAUAUCCCUGGCAUGGAGGGCUUAGGCACAGACAUCACGGUCAUCUGUCCCUGGGAGGCCUUCAACCACCUGGAGCUGAACGAGCUGGCCAAGUACGGCAUCAUCUGACCUCAGGCUCCGCCUCCUCCAUACACAGGGAUCUACUCCAAACAAACCACCACAACAAACUGUAAUACA